AUGUUGCAGAGAAAUAAUGCUUCCUACAUUUCAAUCUUUCUAGAAAUUUUCACAGAGCAUCUCGUAAUGAAAUAUGCGAGAAGACAGAAAAAACAGAAACACUUUAUAAUGUUCCAUAUUCUGCUUACAGCAAUGUAUAUGUCACGGUUACUCUAUGUAUACCUAAUACGGAAGUUCAUAAGAAGAGAAGGACCACAAGAGAAGAAUGUAUGCAGAUAUAGUCUCUAUGGAGUACUGAGUAAUAUGAAACAGUUCCCCACUAUUGUGUCGGCAUCAUGUGAAACAGUGAUUUCUUAUUAUUCUUCCCUAGUUCAUUACCUAAAUGAAUCUAUUUUUCAGGACAUUUUGAACAACGGAGACAACAGUGAUGCGUCCUAUUAUAGAAUUCUCCCCCUACAGCGUCGGGGGUAA